GAGAUGACUGAUGUUGAGCCUGUAGUCACAGAUUUUGCUGCAUCGGGACGGGCAGGGCGCCGAAAUGCCUUACCAGACAUUCUGGGUUCUUCUGCUGGAGCUGGAACAUCAGAACUGCCACACAAACUAGCAGAACUCUCAAUGUCAGAAGGAGCUGAAGGAGGAGAAGCGUCAUCCUCUGAUGCCACUAUGGAAAACCAAGAGAUGGAAGGAAAAAUAAUGGAUUCCUAAUGUUUAUAAAAUGUUCGGUUUUGGUGAUUACCUACGAACUUCACUGGCAGAGUGUCCAAGAUUCUGCAAUAUGUAAUAUUUGUAACUGGCUAAUAUGAAUAUGGCGCAUUGAAAAAUUGGUAUGUUUUCAAAUUCAUCAAGAAGCAAUUUAUUUAUUUACAAAUCAUAGCCAGUAUCUGCAGGGGGAAAAAAGAAAAUUGUUUUCAGUCAUUUAACAAAUGAAGUCCAAUGUAAUCAGCUGAUUAUUGCAAAUAACCAAAUACAACAACAAACAUCAUUAAUAACUUGGGGUCUUUUCUGAUAAUAAAAUGUAGAUAUCAGGUUUGGUUUGAGCUUAGUAUAUAUGUGUACAAACAUGCACACGCACACAAACACACAUUUUAUACAUAGAAUAGUAUACAAAAGCACAUAUCAAAAUCAGUAAAUUCCAGGCCCAGAAUAUAACAACUUUAUAAAUAAGAUUCACCAUACAAAAAAUCAGCAAAUUUAGACUGAGUAUGAUUCUGAAUAAAUCACACAACAAAUGUUUAAAAAUGUAGGAUAUUGCUAAAUAGUAGAAGAAUUUGCUAGUGCUCUUCUUGGUUAAGGAACUCAUGAGAAAUUCCCUGAUUUCAACAAUAUAGUAAAAAGAGUAUCCAGUUCUAAACUAUAACAGAUAAGUAAUGAAGAUUGCUGUUUGGUACCAGAAGAUAGGUAUCCAUAUUUAUCACACAAUUAGAUUCCAUAUAGGAGUUAUAUAUGAUUCCGUAUAGGAACAAGCUGGUGGAUAUUGAAGAUGUAACUAGAGGAAUGUAACUUCAGCAAGGCAUUCAACAAAGUAGACCACAACGUACUUCUUGGUAAACUAGAAAAAAGUGGGAUAGAUAGCUUCACCACUAGAUAGAUUUGCAACUGGCUGACAAACUGUACUCAACAAGUAGUCCUUAAUGGGUCUAAGUCUACAUGGAGGGAAGUAAGCACUGAGGUGCCACAAGGUUCCGUCUUAGGCCCAGUACUCUUCAAUAUCUUCAUAAAUGACUUAGAUGAGGGAAUAGAAGGGGAACUGACCAAAUUUGCAGAUGAUACUAAGCUGGCAGGAAUAGCUAACACCCUAGAAGUUAGGCUCAAGAUCCAGAUGGAUCUUGACAGACUUGAAUACUGGGCCCUUUAUCUAACAAAAUGAAAUUUAAUGUGGAAAAAAAGCAAAGUUUUACACCUGGGCAGGAAAAACCAAAAGUACACAUAUAGACUGGGUGAAACCAGGCUUAAUAGCAGUAACUGUGAGAGGGAUCUUGGAGUCUUAGUGGACAACCAGCUAAAUAUGAGCCAGGAGUGUGCAGUGGCAGCCAAAAGAGCAAUGCAAUCCUAAAUUGCAUUAUCAGAGGGAUACAAUCAAGAUCAAGUGAGAUACUAAUACCACUCUAUAAAGCCUUAGUAAGACCACACCUAGAGCACUGCAUCCAGUUUUGGUCACCACACUAUAAAGAAGAUGUUGAGAAUCUAGAAAAAGUGCAGAAAAGAGGAACGAUUAGAGGACUGGAGACUUAAGACAUAUGAAGAAUGGUUACAUGAACUGGGCAUGGCUAGUCUAGUGAAGAGAAGGACCAGGGGAGACAUGAUAGCAGUCUUCCAAUAUUUGAGGGGCUGCCACAGAGAGGAAGAGGUCAAGCUAUUUUCUAAAGCAGGGGUCUCCAACUUUGUCAACUUUAAGCUUGGUGGACUUCAACUCCCAGAAUUCCCCAGCCAGCAAAGCUGUCUGGGGGAUUCUGGAGUUGAAAUCCGCCAGGCUUAAAGUUGACAAGGUUGGAGACCCCUGUUCUAAAGCACCUGUAGGCCAGUUAAGGAAUAAUGGAUGGAAACUGAACAAGGAGAGAUUUAACAUGGAAAUAAGGAGAAAUUUUCUGACAGAACUAUCAACCAGUGGAACAGCUUGCCUUCAGAAGCUGUGGGAGCUUCAACACUUGAGUCUUUCAAGAAGAGAUUGGAUUGCCAUUUGUCAGAAAAUGUGUAGGGUCUCCUGCUUGGAUGGGGGGUUGGACUAGAUGACCUACAAGGUACCUCCCAACUCUGGUAAUCUGUAAUCUGAAUAUGGAGGAAUUUUUGAGAUAGGACAAACCUUCUCCUGCUCACCUUCCCCCACCCAGAAAGUCCAUUUCAAUUCCCAUUGUAACAACUGCUCUAGUUCUGCAUAGUAAUCUUGAACGCCUCUGCUCUUCAGAUUUUAAAAUAACAUUUUUCUGUCACCCUGGAUACCAAAGUUUAAUUUUCCCAGAAGCCAAGACCUAGAGUAUUUUCGACAGCAUGAAAUGCUGUGAUUUUUAAAGAAAAAGGAAAUGCAUCUGGAGAUUAGCCCCACAAAACCCUUUUCAAAUCUGAACUUGACUGAGAAAUGUACAGGAGUUCAAAACAUACAAAAAUGCCUUUUUUCCUCCUUCAAAAUGUCAAGAUGAACCAAGAUCACCUGGGAUUUCAAAGUCCCUUUGAGUGCAUUUGCUAUUUUGCUUUCUUAAAAUUGGCUUUUCUGGUGAAGUUAAAAUUCUGUUUAUUAGUUUUAAAAACAAAUCCUUAACAACUGCAGUUGUUUUUAAAUUGCAUUUCAGCAUGAGGAAUGAAAUAGAUUAUCCUUACGUUAGAAAAAUGUGUUCUAUCAGUCAGGCUUUGACAAGAUCUAAGAAGAUAAACUUUUUGCUUCAGUCAUGGUGUGGGUUUCAUCGGCUUAUAGCUGAUCCUAUUAUGAGUGUUAAAGCAUUUUCUUCCUGAUACAUUUUAUCUGUUCCAAAGGAUUGAUCCAUAUUUUAUAAUAAAGAUUGUAUUGUUUAAAAUAUAAUAAGUGUACAUUAUUUGCACAAGAAUUCCAUGACCCAAUUGUAUAUGUUUUUGCUGAAUUAAAAAAAAUCAAAGUAUGCUCCUGAUUAGAUCAUAAUAAUUGAGAUUGAACUGGGAAUAGAAUCAUUAUUU